CGCUCCGCCGGGCUGCGGGGCGAAGGUGCGGCGGGAGGGGGCGGUGUCCGCGGGGCCGCGUCAGCCGCCGCCGCCCUCGCCGCCGCCCUCGCCGCCGCGGGGUCCCUCCCCUCCCUCCGGCCGCCGGGUCCCCAAGGCAUGAGGGGAUCGUAGCGCCGCGGCCGCCUCCGCCAUGAAGCGGAAGAGCUGGGCCGAGGCGCGGCGCCGCGCAGCCCCGCCGCCGCCCGCGCUGAAGAGGACGCGGGGCGCGGCGUCGCGGGCGGCGGGGGGCGAGGCGGAGCGGCGGCGGCAGCCGCCCCCCGCCGGUCUGGAGACCUGCCUGAGGAUCGCGGAUCGCCUUUAUUUUGCAAUUCUCUACCAAAAACCAAAGAGUGGAGCUGCAAAUACGCAUUAUUUCUGCAUAGAUGAUGAACUUGUGUAUGAGAAUUUCUAUGCAGACUUUGGACCACUCAAUCUGGCAAUGGUCUACAGAUACUGCUGCAAGCUAAAUAGGAAAUUAAAGUCAUUUUCAUUGAUAAGGAAGAAAAUAAUUCAUUAUACUGGCUUUGAUCAGAAAAAGCAAGCAAAUGCUGCAUUCCUCAUAGGCUCCUACGCAAUAAUAUACCUGAGAGAAUCCCCAGAAGAUGUGUACAGGCUUAUAUUGUCAGGAAGUGUUUCAUAUCUUCCUUUCAGGGAUGCUUCCUUUGGUACUUGCAGUUUUCAUCUAACGUUACUGGACUGUUUUCAUGCAAUAAACAAGGCUUUGCAGUAUGGUUUCCUGGAUUUUAGUACGUUUGAUGUAGAUGAAUAUGAGCAUUACGAAAGAGCAGAAAAUGGAGAUUUUAACUGGAUAAUACCAAACAAAUUCAUUGCCUUCAGUGGACCUCAUUCAAGAAGUAAAAUUGAAAAUGGCUAUCCCCACCAUGCUCCAGAGGCUUAUUUCCCAUACUUCAAGCAAAAGAAGGUCACCACUAUAAUACGCCUCAACAAAAAACUGUAUGAUGCCAAACGAUUUACAGAUGCUGGAUUUGAGCAUUUUGAUCUCUUCUUUGCUGAUGGAAGCACACCUAGUGAUACUAUAGUUAAAACAUUUCUAAAUAUUUGUGAAAAUGCUGAAGGUGUAAUAGCCGUGCAUUGCAAAGCUGGUCUCGGACGAACUGGCACACUUAUUGCCUGUUACAUCAUGAAGCAUUAUCGGAUGACAGCUGCUGAAUCUAUUGCCUGGAUCAGAAUAAAUAGACCUGGUUCUGUGAUUGGACCACAACAGCAUUUCCUGAUGGACAAACAGGCAGAACUUUGGACAGAAGGGGAUAUUUUCCGUGCAAAGUUGAAACGAAACCAUAAAAUUGCUGUAACAAGAAUUCUGUCAGGAGUAGAUGAUAUUUCAAUUAAUAACACAAGAAACAGGAGAAGCAUCCAAAAGGACAUUGAACUGUACAGUGAUGAUGACGAAACAAACUGUUUAACACAAGGGGAUAAGCUUCGUGCUCUGAAAAGCAAAAGGCAAGCAAAAGCUCCAACUGCAUCUCCACUAGCAAUUACAGAAUGGAUAAAUGUUGAAAUAGACCACAGUGGGUCAUCUGGUCCAACCUCCCUGCUCAUGCAGAGUCAUCCCAGACUACAUGGCGCAGGAUUGCAUCCAAAUGGUUCUUAAAUAUCCAGUGCAAGAGACUUGACAAUCUCUCUGGACAAUCUUCCAGAGCUCAGUCACCUGCACAGUAAAGAAGUUCGGGUGUUAGGUUCAGAAGUUCAGAAGUUCUUCACAUUCAGGUGGAACUUCCUGUACACCCAUUUGUGCCCAAUGCCUCCUAUUGCUCAGCACCACCAAGCAGAGCCUGGCUCUUGACACCCUGCCUUCAGAUACUGACAGACAUUGAUGAAGUCCCCUCUGUCAUCUCUUCUGGAGGCUGAACAGACCCAGCUCCCUCAGCCUUUCCUCAUGAGAGAGAUGUCCAGUCCCUAUCAUCUUCAUAUCCUUCCACUGGACUCUCCCCAGGACCUCCAUGUCUCUCUUGUGCUGAGGAGCUCAGAACUGGACACAGCACUCCCGAUGUGCCUCACCUGGGCUGAGUAAAGGGGCAGGAUCACCUCUUCUGACCUGCUGGCAGUGCUCUUCCUGAUGGUCCCCAGAACACUAGCAGCCUUCUUGGCAACAAGGGCACACUGCUGGCUCACAUUUCAGUUCAUGUUAGAUACGUACAUGGGCAUAAGCCACGUACAUUGACCAGUUUUCUGAACUUCUGGCAUCUAGAAAAACGGGUGUUUAUGAGAGAAGGAUUACAAAAAUUGUAUUCCAAUAACUUUUGCUUUCUUUUAUAUGUACAUUGCAUGCAUUUUAUGCAGAGAGACACCAAAUGUAUAUUUAAGGAGAAAACAUGAUUUUUCCAUAUUUCUGGCUGCAUGAGCUCUAGUAAAACAGAAUGUGCCAUGAUCUGUUCGUGUUUAUAUUUCAGUGACCGAAUGUUACGAGGUUAAGCAUAACCUCGUGCUUUUCUGUUCAUUCCUAGGAGUCUCUAUCAGCACAGAUGAAUGGUAUAAUGCAAGUCUUAUCUCACCAUUGCUGUAAUUUUUAGUGCUUGGUUAAAGUGUGGUAGGACUGAAUUUGUUCAUUCUGUAUGACAACUGUGGCACUGAAAAAAGAAUUUCAAUAUUAGAACUUGCUAAAACUGUUUUACAAUCACAGUAGAAAUUAAAACAUAAGCUUUCAGGUUUUAAAUGUUUUCACCUUGGGCAUGCAAGGAAAACAUUUUCAUUAGAAGAAUUUCUUUUGUCUAAAGUAUGAUAUGAAGUUGAAGGCAGCUGGGGGUGGUUUUUUCUGCUUCCUGUAAAAGCAAUUCCUUCAACUUUUAAUGUCCUGUGUUUACAGGAGAAUUUGCAUUGCAUUUUCAUAGUACUUGUCAUUGAAACCUUGUAUCUUACCUGAGCAACUGGCUGUUUUGUUUGAACAUUUGCAAAUCAAGUAAUAAUAUUUUGCAAGGCUGAACUACUAAGAGAGAUUUUUUCAAGUAGAAGUUUAAAGUACUUGAAAUUUGUGGGUAUGUAGGCAUUUGUUUGCUAAUCAAGAAGUGUAUAUGCAGUAAAAAUAAUGUUGCUGAUCAGUUUUACUGCAUAAAGAAUAUAUUUUAGAUGAAAUUGUGUUAUCUCAAAUACAUGUUCUAAUUCUGAAGCCCAUAUAAAACAAUGAAAACAUUGGAGGUUUUUUCCAUUUCUGUUUUUGGUAUGUUACAUGAAUAUAGAAAUGUAUAUUCUCCCUAUAUAUUCCUGUUCACUUUUGCUCCAAAAGUUAGCAUUCAGUAUUCAUAUCUAGGAUUCUGUGAAAGUAGUUUUUACAGAGUAUUAACCGACCAAACUGUAACUUGCACUAUUUAAUGAAGGUUUUGAUUUCCAGUCUAACGUAAUCUGCGCAUACGACUGGACUCACUGAAGCCACUGAAAAUUAGAGUCUAAUGAUAGCAGGAGAAUAAAGAGUAAUAGCUAAGUUACUCCUAGGUCAGAAUCUCUAAAACAGUGCAUACUUUCACAGCUGGAACCUUGCACAGAUGGAAUAGAAAAUAGACAUAAAGCUGAUACUUGUUAGCUCUAUUGUAACACACUCUUUUCAGUGUUUUUAGGAACUUUCC